CACAUGCAAUCAGCAGUUGUACACAUAAACCACGUAGACACAACACAUACCCUGUUGCGCCAAGCAAGAUAAAAAGAGUCGACGUUUUUUUUUGCAACUUACACCAUCCACCCUUUCUCACAGACGGCGCUAUACAAGAACAAGACAAAAGCAAAAAAGAGAAAUAAUGGCUCGACGAAGCAUCUACCUCGACCCUUAUGGCGACAACGCCCCUCGCGGCGUCGAUGGCGAGCCCAGCACCAUCUACACAUUCUUCCGGGGCGUCGUGCGUGAGGCUCGGACUUGGGUCUCGCGCGGCGGACCUGGCGUCAAGGCGCCUACGAUUGAGAAGCACAUGUCUUGAGAAGAAUUACGCCUCGCCUUGCGUGAGGCGCUUUUCGCAUGAUUCUUAACGUCCAUCUUUUUAUUUGAUAUUCGUCGACGAUCAACUGGUUGGCCGUUUUGCACUGAACGACCAAGGCUGAGGUCCUUGGUCUAGUACCUAUGUAGUACACUGACAUGGCGAUAACAAUCAGAGUCGCCUCUAUGGAAUCACUCAUUCUUUUCUUACACUCUUUUUUGCCUUUUGUUUCCUUUAUAUUGGCUGGGAGUUUCAUGGCGCAUGUUUUGGAAGUUGGAGGACAAUUGGUUUGCAUUAUCAUGCCUCUGGUUGAAUCACGGUUGCGUUUUUGUUCUGUCGUUUUGACGGCCUUGGAAUAUGUUUGAAUGAACAAAGAAAUCAUGAGUUUGGAAGGAGCAACAGCAUUGAGUAUAUCAUUUGAAUAUAUUAUUAUACAAUGUCCAGAUGGGCAAUGGUAUCAGUCAGAUUGAAAUAUAGUAUGUGUUUGUCAUUUUCUUUUU